GUCCUUUUGGACGGAUAUCUGCCUUUCGUUGACUCGCGGCUUUCUCUUGUUCGCGUUGCUUUUGCCUGACCGGGUGUUUGAUAGCGCUUGACUUAUCUCUCAAAAGCAAUUUACCGUUCCUGCGCCAUUUACCCUGUCUAGUCGCAUUCCGCGCCAUGAACUAUUGAAGUCGAUCAUAGCACCCAUUCGGCCUCUUUUGUUCUUUUUUUUUUUCUUUUUUUUUGUCUUCUUUAGAAUAUAUCAAUUGCUUUCUUUGUGCGAAAAUGAGUGGAAUUUUUAGAAAGGUCCAAGCGAUCCAAGACUCGCUUUCCGACGAUGUGCUCCUACCGCUCAAAAGUUACAAGUACUCGAGUGUGGACAAGUCAUUUAUAUCCAGAUAUAUAUUAAAGCAUUAUUGGAAUGCGUUCGUGGAAGUUUUACCACUAUGGUUGGCUCCUAAUAUGGUGACGCUUCUGGGAUUCAUGUUCAUCGUGGGCAAUGUGAUGCUCAUUGAGGUCUACAUGCCAGACCUCAUUGGACCGGGACCCUCUUGGUUAUAUUACAGUUUCGCUUUUGGCAUGUGGAUGUAUUCGACUCUGGACAACGUCGAUGGCAAACAGGCCCGAAGAACCGGAACAUCAAGUGGACUGGGAGAGUUAUUUGAUCAUGGAAUUGAUUCAUUGAACUGCACUCUUGCGAGUCUUCUGGAGACUGCGGCGAUGGGUCUCGGCUCCACCCAACUCGGCGCAUACACGGCUAUUGUCCCGUGCCUUGCGAUGUAUUUCUCGACCUGGGAGACUUAUCACACGCACACACUUUACCUCGGGUACUUCAAUGGUCCUACAGAGGGCUUAUUGGUUGCCAUUGGCUUGAUGAUUGCAUCCGGUUACUAUGGACCUCAGAUAUGGUCCCGACCCAUCGUCGAAUUCUUGAACUACCCUCAAAUCUUUGGAAACAACUCCGUGAAGGAUAUUUGGAUUCCGUUCCUCCUUCUCUCGUUCUUCGUGGGACACCUGCCGGGGUGCGUUUACAACGUGAUUGUUGCUCGGAGACAGCAGAACCUUCCGUUGACCCCGGUCUUCAAGGAGUGGGUUCCAAUGAUCGUGUUCACCGGCUGCAACCUGGCCUGGCUUCUUUCGCCCUACUCGAUCAUCUUGGCCGAUGACCGACUGGUCCUAUACUGCUGGGUGAUUUCUUUCGUCUUUGGACGGAUGACUACCAAGAUCAUUCUUGCUCAUCUCCUCCGACAGCCGUUCCCCCACUGGACCGUUCUGCAGAUUCCUCUUGUUCUUGGCGCUGUGCUGGUCAACCUUCCGCGAAUUGGCCUUCCCGGGAUCAGUGGAUGGGUGGAGCUGCUGUACCUCCGGCUUUACCUCGUCGUUGCAUUUGUUGCCUACAUGCACUGGGCCUUUUUGGUGAUCAACCGGAUCACCACGUUCUUGGGAAUCAACUGUCUCACGAUUCGAAAGGACAAAUCUACGGCCCGGGACCGGGCCUACCGCGAAUUUGGAGAGGCAAACCAGGAGGAUCCCAACGGCAACGCCGAUCCCAACAAGGGAGCCCUCAAAAGCCAUUGACUCGCUCGCUCGGAGAGCACUCCCUUUGAGAGGCCAAGCAAAUGGUAUACAUUUGGUCCCCCCGGAGCAGAUCAACCCAACGGGGAACCUCUUCUUCGGUGAAUUCUUUCCGGUGUAACUGACGCCACUCCGAUGCCACAUGCCCCGUUCAUUUUCCGGGUAUAUAUGUUUCUGUCCAUACUUAUGUUUCUAAUGCCCCCUUUGGAUAUGCCGCCACUGCAUGGACUGAUGAACUGAAUGACUUCUGUUGAUGGCUGACGCAAAUGUUUCCUCUAGUGAAACCUUUUUGUUUUAUUUGCAGUACAUAGAUGCAUUGGUAUGCUAUUAUAUUAAUAUGAAU